AUGCGAAUUGUUCAUCGUGAUCUUAAACCGCAGAAUAUUUUGAUUGGCGGGCCAAAAAACAAAAAGGAUUUGAAGCCGCGUAUUCUGAUUUCGGAUUUCGGAUUAGGAAAGCGGCUGGCAGACGAUCAAUCAUCAUUUCACAAUACAGCUGGGUUUGGAGGUGGAACAGUGGGUUGGAGAGCACCCGAUGUUUCUACCGUCUCUCAAAUACGUAUUACUCGCUCAGUUGACAUUUUUGCCUGUGGAUGUAUCUACUACUAUGUGCUCACAGGAGGAAAACAUCCUUUUGGAGAAAAGUUUUUACGGGAAGUCAAUGUUCUUCGUGGCAACUACCGGUUGGAUGGUUUAGAUACGAUCAACGAUGGAGUGUUGGCUAAAGAUCUGAUUAAACGUAUGAUUGGAAAAGAUCCGCGGAAACGACCCGAGGCACAUGAAGUCAUGCGACAUCCGUAUUUUUGGACUCCAUCGGAGCGUCUAUUAUUCCUUCAAGACAUAUCUGACCGCCUAGAAGUUGAAAAACGAGAUCCCAUAUCACCUUUACUCAAGUUCUUUGAACGUGGUGGGGCAAAAGUGACGGGUGGUGACUGGACCACCAAACUUGACAAGAUUGUACAUGAGAGUCUUGUUCAGCACCGUACGUACGAUGGUGCAAGCGUACAAGAUCUGUUACGCGCAAUUAGAAACAAAAAGCAUCACUAUCAAGACCUGUCAGCGCCUGUUCGAAAGCUUGUUGGUGUACUGCCUGGACCUUUUUGGUCGUAUUUUGAAUCCCGACUUCCUCAUCUAUUAUUACAUUGUUAUUCUUGCGUAGGGGCCAGCAAGAUUUUGAAAAAGUCGUCCACACUCAAAGUGUAUUUCGAACCUUUACUGCUGGUCUAA